AUGUACGACCACGGUCUUCACACCAGGCCCAAGCUCGGUGUCAAUGAACUUGUCGACAUCGGCGUCCUUGUCAAAGCUGGCGGCGGGGCGAUUGAUGCAGCCCCGGAUGUGCCCUCCCUCGAAGUCGUAGUCUCUGACGUCAAGGACCACAACCCCGGCUCCAGCCUCACUGCAUGCAGGGAUGGGGUGUACUUGGGAACUCGAUGUGGCACCAUCAUGAUCAUUCAACAACUCUGGCUUAGUAGGCCGGGUUCACCACGCACCUCUGGAGCAGGUUCUUGA